AUGUGCUGGGCCCUAGCCCCUGCCCCAGCUAUGGCUCCUGGGGCUCCCUCAUCCAUCCCCAGCCCUCUCCUGGCUGUGCUGCUCUUCUCUUCUUUGGUGCUGUCCCCGGUCCAGGCGAUUGUGGUUUACACGGACAGGGAGGUUUAUGGUGCUGUGGGCUCCCGGGUGACCCUGCACUGCUCCUUCUGGUCCAGUGAGUGGGUCUCAGAUGAUAUCUCCUUCACCUGGCGCUACCAGCCUGAGGGCGGCCGAGAUGCCAUUUCGAUCUUCCACUAUGCCAAGGGACAACCCUAUAUCGAUGAGGUGGGAACCUUCAAAGAGCGCAUCCAGUGGGUAGGGGACCCUCGCUGGAAGGAUGGCUCCAUUGUCAUACACAACCUAGACUACAGUGACAACGGCACUUUCACUUGUGAUGUCAAAAACCCACCAGACAUAGUGGGCAAGACCUCUCAGGUCACGCUCUAUGUCUUUGAAAAAGUGCCAACCAGGUACGGGGUGGUGCUGGGAGCCGUGAUCGGGGGAGUCCUCGGGGCGGUGCUGUUGCUGCUGCUGCUUUUCUACCUGGUUCGGUACUGCUGGCUACGCAGGCAGGCGGCCCUGCAGAGGCGGCUCAGCGCCAUGGAGAAAGGGAAAUUGCACAAGCCUGCGAAAGACACAACGAAGCGCGGGCGGCAGACGCCAGUGCUGUACGCCAUGCUGGACCACAGCAGAAGCACCAAAGCUGCCAGUGAGAAGAAGUCCAAGGGGCUGGGGGAGUCUCGCAAGGAUAAGAAAUAG